AUGCUGUUUAAUGGGAGGAAUUUCAUCAGCAUUGCAAACCUGGCAAGGACCAGCAAGCAGCUGCCGCGACAGUUUUGCUGUGCCUUCCCCCUGAUUUCAGGAAAGCACCUGUACGACAGUGUUUCACUAAGCUGCUUCUCAGAUAUGGAUAACAGGGAAGAGAGCAAAUUUCUUGGAGGUCAUAGCAAUAAAACAGACUCUUCAAGAGGUCAGGAGCAGAUCUCUAGUCCAACUUUCUGCUUGCAGCCUGUAAAACACCAUAUGACAACAGCUAUGCCUUUGCUUAGCCAUGUCUUGAAAAUACUUAAGGAUGGAAUGGCAAAAACUACCCAUUUUUUGCUCUUUUGACACAGGUAUGGGACACCAGCUCAAAUGAGCGUUCAUCUGAAAGGUCGGGACCUCCUCUCUCUACAGAGCUACACAGCUGAUGAACUGAAGUAUUUGCUGUGGAUGGCAUCAGAUUUGAAACAAAGGAUAAAGCACAAAGGAGAGUAUUUACCUUUGAUGCAAGGCAAAUCUUUGGCCAUGAUUUUUGAGAAGAGAAGCACAAGAACAAGAUUAUCUGCAGAAACAGGAUUUGCUCUCCUUGGAGGACAUCCUUCCUUCCUUACAACACAAGAUAUACAUCUGGGCACUAAUGAGAGUCUCACAGAUACAGCAAGGGUGCUGUCCAGCAUGACAAAUGCAAUCUUGGCUCGAGUUUAUAACCACAAUGAUCUGGACCUAAUGGCAAAAGAAGCCACAAUCCCAGUAAUCAAUGGAUUGUCCGAUUUAUACCAUCCUCUUCAGAUUUUGGCUGAUUACCUAACUCUUCAGGAGCACUAUGGAGGGCUGAAGGGGCUCACCAUGGCCUGGAUUGGGGAUGGCAACAACGUCCUGCAGUCCCUGAUGGCGAGCGCCGCCAAGCUGGGGAUGCACCUGCGGAUUGCCACGCCCAGGGGCUUUGAACCAGACCUCAGGAUAACUAAAAUAACUGAACAGAACUCCAAAGAGUAUGGUACCAAGUUACUUCUCACAACAGACCCUUUGGAAGCUGCAGACAGUGCCAAUGUCUUAAUUACAGACACAUGGAUAAGCAUGGGACAAGAAGAGGAGAAGAAAGAAAGACUAAAGGCCUUUCAAGGUUAUCAGAUUACAAUGCAGACUGCCAAAUCUGCUGCUUCCAACUGGACUUUUUUACAUUGUUUACCCAGAAAACCUGAAGAAGUUGAUGAUGAAGUAUUUUAUUCUCCACAGUCAUUGGUUUUCCAGGAGGCUGAAAACAGAAAAUGGACAAUUAUGGCUGUCAUGGUUUCCCUGCUGACUGAUUACUCACCACAGCUACAAAAACCCACAUUUUAAUGCUUGGAUUCCUGCCAGGAGAAAAAUAUUCCUCAUCAGCAGAAUAUUCUGGUCCACAAACACAUAGAUCUUCUUCAGAAGGCACCAUGGCAAUGAGUGAUUUUUUAAUAAAA